AUGUUUGCUCCUGAUAGCAUUGCCAUAUCUGAAAACGCAUUAUUCCAUAGCCUUUUAAAUCCCUGUCGUGUGGCUUGCCACCUCAUCCGAAUAGGGCAUGAACCGCUUCCUCCUCACACCUCAAAUACUUUCCUCCAUCUUAUCGGUCUUAUUCGCUGUCCUCUUGCCUUCUAUCCAAAUGCAUUUACAUAUAGUUUUUAUCUAUUGAAAAAGUAUGGAUACUGGCGAGUUAUAACCUGUGGAUUUUUUUCAUCAUUUUGUCUUGAAGCUACUCACAAAACGAUGACAUUCAUGAUUAAUCGAUACUUUGUCCAACGACAACUUGAUUCUCUAGAAUGGAUGGACGACGAAGAUGUAUUAUCGAACGAUCAGUCGACUCUCUUGAUGAAUUUGAUUGGAAAAUCCUCACGGAGAGAAUUUUUCCACCUUGUUCGAUAUAUCCUUAUAGCAAGAGCUUACGAACUCUUCGUUACUCAGCCUUUUUUCGUGAUUAUGAUGCGACAAAUUGCGAGCUUAGUCAGUGGAGAGGAUCAAUACUCUUGGUUUUUUCAGGCUGUGGUGUCAAUAUAUAGAGAAAGUGGUUUAAUGGGAUUCUUUUCUGGUCUUGUUCCGCGAAUGUUGUGGGAGUUGUCAAGACUGGGGAUGUAUUUUCUUAUCUACAGUUUAAUUAAUCGGGAUGGGGUUGAUGUUCCCCGACAUUUGUCAAAUAAUUUUAAAUUCCUGUUUAAUCUACUCGCUGAUGUGGUCGUAAAUGUUGCUGCUUAUCCACUGCAGGUUGUUGGAAGUGUGAUGGCAUUGCACGGUUCUCGGAUCGCAAUACAUGAGGUGGGGCUAGCCAAUUCCUUCGGAUCUUGGCGCGAGUGUUUGCAAUUUUUGAUCUCCCAAGGAGCCCAAUAUCGCGGUUAUCUUCCCUUUUGGCGAAGAGCACCUCCGAGUGCACUCACUUGUCACCCUAUUUCUCAUUCAACCCCUUCGGCCGCUUAG